AUGUUGUCCAACCUCGCUCUCCUCGCUCUUCUCCCCAUCACCUCCGCCCAUUUCCUCCUCAAUUGGCCUCCUGCCCGCGGCUUCGACGAUAACAAGGCCGUCAACUUCCCCUGCGGUGGCUUCGACACUGUUAGCAAGACCCGAACCUCAUGGCCCGCCGUCGGCGCCCCCAUCCAGCUGGACAUGCACCACACGCAGACCGACGUGAUGGUGCUGCUCUCACUCGGCAGCGACCCGGGCGUCAACUACAACAUCAUCCUGCGCCCCACCUUCGAGGAAGAGGGCCUCGGCAACUUCUGCAUAGGCCAAGUAAGCCUACCCGAGGGCGUCAAUUUCACCGAGGGCCAGGACGCGACUAUCCAGGUCGUGUCGAACGGCGACCCAGAUGGCGGACUCUACCAGUGUGCCGAUAUCACUCUUACCAAGACUGCUCUCUCCACUACCGAUUACAACAACAACUGCAAGAACAACACUGGAGUCAAAGUCCAGAGUGUCUCAGGAUCUCCCCUUGCGAACACGACUAACCCGGAGGCUACUGGUGCUGCUUCUUCCAAAUCUGCCUCCGGUUCUGCCACUGGUUCUGCCACUGGUUCUGCCACUGCGGCGUCUGCGACCUCGACCGGCAUGGCGCCACAUCAGACGAUGGCCGCGUGGGCCUUAGGCGGAAUGGCAGUUGUCGGAGCUUUGGCUGGCCUAUAA